ACCACCACUACACACAUCAACCUCUCACCAAACUCUCCUUGUCGCUCGUUAUCCACCCACCACGAUGGCCUCCGCCUACUACGAAUUUUACCGCGGUUCUUCGAUCGGCAUGGCGCUCACAGACUCUCUGGAUGAGCUGAUUACGAAUGGGUCGAUCACGCCGCAGCUGGCGAUGAAAGUGCUUCAGCAGUUCGACAAGUCGCUUGCGGACACGAUGGUCAAGCAGGUGAAGACCAAGACUACGCUCAAGGGUCACCUGCACACCUACCGCCUGUGCGACGACGUCUGGACGUUCAUUGUUAAGAAUGCCUCCUUCAAGAUGGAGUCGAACGAAAUGGUAGCCACGCCCAAGAUUAAGAUCGUGGCGUGUAAGAACGGCGACGCCAUUGAGCCUGGGAAGAAGUAAUCUCACCCGCGUGAAUUUGGUUUUCCUUGAACGACGACGGCACCCAGGAUCGUGUUUGGUUUCGGUGUAUCAUUAUUUUCC